GAUUCAAAGAAAUCAAAUACCAUAGAAUAUUUCAAUGGUAAGAAUGGGUUUCAUAUUUUUUUUCUUCUUCACUUCAGUAUCAGGAUGUAAACUCGGAGAUUUGAAUGGGAAUGGGUGCCAAGAGUUCCAAGACACUGUUCCUUUUGGUGAUACCAUGGUGAUUGAUAGCCCUUCAGUGGGAACUCAUGGGGAGAAGCUUUGUUUUGACUCUGAGGUUGUGGAUGAUCAAGGUAGUGAUGAAGAAACGAGACUUGAGUGUGAGGAGGAAGUUGUGCUUGACAGUGAGGAUGAAGAGCUUUGUCAAUCUAAAGCAGCAAGUUUUGUGGGUGUUGAGACUUAUAGAAGAUGUAAACGGAAGACAGUAGACAUGCAAAACAGGAAACUCAGCCUGCAUUGCGAGCAAACCAAGUGUUUGGCGGCAGAUCCCAUCAGUUCAAUUGAUCAGCAAUGUAUUGCAGUUGCGGGGAACAAAGGAUCUUCAAUUGAUUUUGAGAGUUUUGAUGGGAAAAAGGAUCUGCCAGAGUCGUCCACAAGUGAUCGCCUGCCUGGAAGGUUUUAUUGCAUAAGUUCUCAGCAAUCUAGAGAGUCAUCUCAAGCGCUUGAAUUUGUGGAUAACUUCAUAAAAUUAAACACUAUGAAUGUGUCUCAAGGAGUUGAACCAAGGAAGAUUGUCACGGAGAAAUCACAUUCUAUCUCAAGUGCCAGGGGAGCUCAGAAUUUGGCGAAGAUAAUCAAAGAGAGGACUCUAGGCAGUGAAACAGGAACCUUUGAAUGGGUUGAGAAUCAUCAGCAUGAAGAGAUUGAUUUUUCAAGCGAGAGGAUGAAGUCAUCUUCCAGGUUUGGAGAUGACUCCGUGGAGAAGACAGCAACAAGCCACCUCGACAGUAAAGGACCUGGCAUCUUAGCUAAUGAGCAUGAAAAGAUCAAAAUGUUGACAGACCUCCACGUUAAUCCAAGUUGUACUCGAAGGAAUCUUUUAAAUGGAUCCAUCAGGGAGUGUGAUGAACACUCACAAACUGACUUGUCAGGCUCAGGACAGGAGUUAGGUGCCACCGGGAUAGGAAGAGAUAUGGAAGACAUGCCUGAUAUUGGUAUUGGCACUCAAAUAGCUGUGGAGGCCAUAGAGGCCUUAGCCUAUGCCGCCCCUGAUCAUUUCCAAGUUGGUAGGGAAUAUCAUGCUCCAGAGAACACCACUGAAGAUUCCCCAAAAGGCAUGAUGGAUGGCGAAGCUCUUUUGAAGCAACAUUCUUUUUUGAUUAGCACUUUCACUGAAAUAGGAGGCAACGCAAGACAGCCAAUACGGAGAAAGCGUUCUGCUAGAAAAUUUAAUAAAAAGGUUCCAAGUUUAUUUCCAAAGCACUACAAAAAUCAGAAGUUGGAUCCUGAAUUAGAAACAACAACAAAAGCGAAGGGAAGGCAGACAAAAGUAGAUGAGGCUGUGGCCAGCAAAAACGGAAAAAGGUGCGUAAGUUAUAAGAGUCCAAUACGCAAUGAGAAGAUCUGUUGUGUAAGCAAAGGACUGUCGAAAGGGGGGCCAGCUACUGCUCACAAAGUAGAGCAGUGGAUGAAUGUUACAGAGGGUGAUCUUCUUACUUACAGAAGGAAGAGAAAGGGUGCGGCUGCUGAUAGUAGCAGAAAACAUUCAGAAGUGCAUCGUAAUGCAUCUGCUGAAGCUACAGGUAGUAAACUGGCUGAACAAGGGGAACCUGAUACUGUUCACAAAACAGAGCAGUGGAUGGCAGGAUAUAUAAUGAAAGGUUCAAAGGAUCAAUUAGAAAAUCCUGGAGAAAAGACCCAAAAUGUUACAGAGGAUAGUAGGAGAAAGGGGGUGGCUGCUGAUAGCAGGAGAAAACAUUCAGAAUUGCAUCUUAAUGGAUGCUCUGAAGCUAUAAAUACAAAACUGUCUGAAAAAAAGCAGACUGGUAGACAAUUAGCUGCCACAACCAGCUUUCUUAAAGUAGAAGAAUGGAACUAUCCCAAAGGGAAAAGAACAAGUCAUAAAGUACAGAGCCAUUUUAGCGGAGCUAGUGCCAUCUGUGCUCUUUUCACUACUAUUGAUGGAAAAGAAAACAUUCACAAUGUCAGAUGUUGCAAACUGUCUGAAAAUUGUAAGGAAACCUCUAGGAAGAAGCUUAAGCAUGCCGCCCACCUUCAACCUUCUUUGGAGCAUAGAAAAGGGUUGUCGAGGCAGAGCUUUAAGGAAGAAGCUUCAGGUGUUGUCUCUAACUGUCGUUCAGCAGUCUCAAAUAAUGGAAUGCUUCCUGUGGACUUGGAUAGACCCUCGGCCUCUGCUGAAUUUGGCGAGCUAUUUAAGAUGGAUGCUCAAUCACUCAGUGGUGCUGUGAACCACGGAAUUGAAGUAUCAUUGGACAUGAGUGUUGAACCCUCUGGCUCAAAACGUACCAUUCCAUUUAGCAGCACCAAAAGUGUAAAUGAGGUAUCAUCCGACUAUAUGCAAUAUGUGUAUCGCAGAAAACCUAGCAACAGAAACCUACCAAAAUCUUCUCUGUUGAAAGAGCUCGUUAAAUUAAGUAUUCCUGAGCGAAUACCUGAUUUCACAUGGAAAGAUCUGAGAAGAAGAAGAGAUUCAACGUGUAUACGCGUCUUGUUUAGCCAGCAUUUGGAUGAUGACACAAUCAAGCAGCAGAAAAAGAUCUCUGCAAGACUGGGCAUUUCCAUUACAUCAAAUUCUAUGGAUGCCACACAUUACAUAGCAGAUAGGUUUGUGCGUACAAGGAAUAUGUUAGAGGCCAUUGCUGCUGGCAAACCAGUGGUGACACCUCUAUGGCUUGAGAACUCUGCUCAAGCAAGUUUGAUACUUGAUGAGAAAAAUUACAUCCUGAGGGACUCCAAAAAGGAAAAGGAAAUUGGGUUUUCCAUGCCCGGCUCGUUGGCUCGUGCAAGCCAAUUCCCGCUUCUAAAGGAUAAAAGAGUGUGCAUCACCCCAAAUGUGAAACCUAACAAGGAGAUGAUUACUAGCUUGGUCAAGGCAGUGCAAGGGAAGACGGUAGAGGGAAGUCAGAUUUUUGCAGUAAAAGAUCUAAUAAUCCCCGAUGAUCUAUUAAUCCUUUCUUCCGAACUAGAUGAAGCAAUCUGCACACCUUUACUUGAGAAAGGAGCUGCGGUCUAUAGUUCAGACCUUUUGCUAAAUGGGAUUGUCCUCCAAAAACUGGAGUAUAAGAGGCAUCGAAUCUUCACCAGUUUCAGAGCAAACCAAAAAUUUAAGAGAUAAUAGAGAAGUAACAAGGUAUAGGAAAGAUGGUGAUCUCUCCCCUCUAGGAGCUUCAUUUGGUAGUCUGCAUGUAGCUCUCUUUUGCCAACAGAUGGAAGAUGGCAUCCACCAAUGGUAACAUUUUGUAUAGGAGGCUUGUGCAUAUAUUACUCAGGCUCAUUUUUGUAGUUUAUGCAAAUCCCAGAUACUUGUAGUU